GACGCAUAGGCGUGCGCUCGGUGGUUCAUAGGGGAAGAUGGCGGCUGCUCUUUUGGAGGAGUGGGAUUGAGACGGGCGGAGGGGGGAGGCCAGGAAGGAGAGACGUUCCCGGCUGUGAAGACCGACAUUUCGCUCGCCAGUCAUUGGGAGCUCUGCUCAGCCCCGGAGGUGUCCUAGAACGAAAACAUCACCAUGGCUACAGAAAUUGGUUCUCCUCCUCGUUUUUUCCAUAUGCCAAGGUUCCAACACCAGGCACCUCGACAGCUGUUUUAUAAGCGACCUGAUUUUGCACAGCAACAAGCAAUGCAACAGCUUACCUUUGAUGGAAAACGAAUGAGAAAAGCAGUAAACCGAAAAACCAUAGACUAUAAUCCAUCUGUAAUUAAGUAUUUAGAGAAUAGAAUAUGGCAAAGAGACCAGAGAGAUAUGAGGGCAAUUCAGCCUGAUGCAGGUUAUUAUAAUGAUCUUGUCCCACCUAUAGGGAUGUUGAAUAAUCCUAUGAAUGCGGUGACAACAAAGUUUGUUCGAACAUCAACCAAUAAAGUAAAGUGUCCAGUAUUUGUUGUUAGGUGGACUCCAGAAGGAAGACGUUUGGUCACUGGAGCUUCUAGUGGAGAGUUCACUUUGUGGAAUGGGCUCACUUUCAAUUUUGAAACAAUAUUACAGGCUCACGAUAGCCCAGUGAGGGCCAUGACUUGGUCACAUAAUGAUAUGUGGAUGUUGACAGCAGACCACGGAGGAUAUGUGAAAUAUUGGCAGUCGAACAUGAACAACGUCAAGAUGUUCCAGGCACAUAAGGAGGCGAUUAGAGAGGCCAGUUUCUCACCCACGGAUAAUAAAUUUGCUACAUGCUCUGAUGACGGCACUGUUAGAAUCUGGGACUUUCUUCGUUGCCAUGAGGAAAGAAUUCUCCGAGAUUCGCCAGGCCAAGGAUCAGAUCUGAGACUCACUUGUGACCAGUGCUGCAGCUUCGGCAAUGCCAGGUCCUUAACCGAGUGUGCUAGGCCGGGGAUUAAACCUGUGUCUCAGCGCUGUAGAGAUGCCACUGAAUUGCACCACAGCGGGAGCUCUUGGAUUACUUCUAAUACUCUGAUAAAAUGUUGGUGAAAGGGUAUAAAUCUAUUAUAAGUUGUAACGUAAUGAAUAUUUAACUCAUUGUUUCCUAAAAUCUUUUACCUCAUUUACCAGGUGGUCUCAGGAAGAUCACAGACUUCCUUUUCCUACUGUAAGUUAUACAGUUAUUACAAGAUAUAAUACAUGCUGUUUUUGAACAAGCUUAUUUUGUUUGUUUUGUUGUUUUUUGCUUUUUAGUGCCACAGCAUAUAGAAGUUCCCAGGCUAGGGAUCAAAUCAGAUCUACAGCUGCUGGCCUGUGCCACAGCCACAGCAAUGGGGGUCUGAUCUACACCACAGCUCAUGGCAGCACUGGAUCUUUAACCCACUGAGCAAGGCCAGGGAUCUGACCUGCAUCCUCAUGGAUCCUAGCUGGGUUCAUUAACCACUGUGCCACAAAGGGAACUCAGGAACAAACUUUUAAACAUUUUUUAUUUUAUUUUUGGUUUUUUAAUUUUAGGACUGUGCUUGUGGCAUAUGGAGGUUCCCAGGCCAGGGGUCCAAUUGGAGCUAUAGCUGCCAGCCUAUAUACUACAGCCACAGCAACAUCAGAUCCAAGCCGCGUCUGCAGCCUGUACCACAGCUCAUGGCAAUGCCAGAUCCUUAACCCACUGAGCCAGGCCAGGGAUCGAAUCCAAAACCUCAUGGUUCCUAGUCGGAUUCGUUUCCACUGUACCACUAUAGGAACUCCUAAAUAUUUUUUAUUGAUAUGAUGAAGUCAAGGUUUUGAACUGCAUUAUGGCAUCAGAAGAUGUGUGUAAAUCAUUGCUCCUUGUUGAAUAACCAGGUUUUCGUGAUCCAUAAAAUGUAACUGAUAAUAAGUGUCUAACAAGGGAAUCAGAUUGUAACAUAUGCAGUACUUUGUGUGCUACACCGGUAGAGGGUGGUCAGUGGUGGUGAAAAUAUUUUUUCUCAGCCACAACCCCACACAGUGCAGGUUCCUAAGAAAUGAUGUGCCUUUGAAAACAGUGACUUUCAUGCUUGGGAUCUCAGACUGAAGCUCCAAUCUUAGAUCUUCCAUGGCCAGGCAGGCCUCAAGAGGCACUUGGGGAACUGGCAUGUAUUUAUUCCAUGUUCCAACCCCCAGACGUGAAAAUCUUCCAGUUUUAUCUGGAAGGUAAGUAAUGGGUGAUUUAUUUUUAUAUAUUUUGUUGUCGUUGUUUGGCCACAUCUGUGGCAUGUGGAAGUUCCCAGGCUGGGGAUCAAACCCAAGCCACAGCAGCGACCUCAACCACUGUAGUGAAAAUGCUGGAUCCUUCACCUGCUGUGCCUCAAAGGAACUUAGAUUUUUUUUUUUUAAGCUGACUUUAUGGUUGACAGGUAAGGUGUUUUCUGCCUUUUCUUUGGGCCAGAGAGUGUCCUCUUUAAUUAUUACUAUCAGUUUUUUCAAGACUUCUAGUUUUUAACUUUUGCAUUAAACAUAGAGUUACGAAUAGCCUAAAAAUUUUUUUUGACAAAAUGCUCAGUUUAGUGUUUGUAGUAGCUUUGUUUAUGUUGUAGACAUUUGUUCUAAGUUGGCAUUCUAGGCUUUUCUACCUCUGGUUGUAAUUAAUUCUUACAAAAAUAACAUUCAGCUGCAAAGUGGGAGGUUUUUUUUUUUUUUUUUUUUUAUUAAAACAAUUUUUUUUUUUGGUGGGGGGAGUUCUCAUUUGACUCAGCGGAAAAGAACCCAACUAGUAUCCAUGAGGAUGGGGGUUUGAUCCCUGGCCUUGCUCAGUGUGUUAAGGAUUUGAUGUUACUGCCAGCUGUGGUGUAGGUUGCAGACGCAGCUCGGAUCUGGUGUUGCUAUGGCUGUUGGGUAAGCUGGCAGCUGUAGCUCUGAUUUGAUCCCUAGCCUGGGAACUUUAAUUAUGCUGCAGGUACAUCCCUAAAGAAAAAAAAAAUUUUUUUUUUUUUUCAGUGAGAAAGUACAUACGAAAAGUACAUAUCUUCAUUUUCUUCUUAUAGUUAUCUUACCCAGAUUUUCCAGUAGUUAUUGUAAGCACUACUUUUUAAAAAAAUUUUUUCCCCUACCUUUUCUUUAUAUACCUUUAGCUUUAUUAUUGCCGAAUAAUUUCUUGGAGUUCUUGUUUUAAAAUACUUAUGAAUCUGGAUGUAGUCUGGAUGCAUGAGCAUGCUUCCAACUGAAGUGACUCUUGAUGAACUCCUUUCUCCUAAUCAUCUUAGCUACAUAAAUUUCUCUGAUGCCUUUGCAGUUUUCAGUAUGAUUGAAAGUAGUGCUUUGUACUUUAUCUGAAUUCUUCAACACAUAUUAGCAUGGUCUUGACAUUAAAAGCAAAAUGGAAUAUUAUACCAAAGCCUCCCUUCUGUUAUGAGAUGUGUAUUAAGAAGCCAUGGUAAUUAGCUUAAUUUAACAACAGAUAGGACUUCAAGUCAUUUUGCAACCCUAGAACACUUAGUCUAUUUUCAUUCUACCUUUCAUAUUCGCAAGUAUCAGUACCUCCAGUCAGAGACCACCAGCAACAUACCAGUAGUUUAACAAGUUGUAUUUAUUACUUGCUGCAACAAAGCACACAGACCAUAGGUAACCGUGAAGUAUCUCAGGAAGAGGGUGUUAUUAACAUUAUAUUAUAGGAUUUGGAUUUUGGGUAAACGGUUUGAGGGUUCAAAGAAGUGAGGUCUGUUACUCUUAGCAUAAGAGAGAUGUUUGGUCUGUGGAUUGCGCAGGACCUUGUUUUUGUCUCUUCUUAUGGUCUUACUGUUUGUAAUAACAUUGAGGCUUAGCUGUGAGCAUCAGAUUAGUUCUCAGAGGUCAGGGACUGCUUUUUCCCUCCCUCUUUAAAAGCAUUGAAAUUCAUGGAGGAGUUCCUGUCUGGCGCAGUAGAAAGGAAUCUGACUAGGAACCACGAGGUUGUGGGUUCCAUCCCUGGCCUUGCUCAGGGGGUUAAGGAUCCAGUGUUGCCGUGAGCUGCAGUGUAGGUUGCAGAUGCGGCUCACAUCUGGUGUUGCUGUGCCUCUGGCGUAGGCUGGCAGUUGUAGCUCCGGUUCAACCCCUAGCCUGGGAACCACCAUAUGCUGCGGGUGUGGCUAAGAAAAAAAAAAAAAAAAUUUAAGUUCAUGGAGUUCUCAUCGUGGCUCAGGGUAAUGAACCCUACUAGUGUCCAUGAGGACAUGGGUUUGACCCCUUGCCUUGAUCAGUGGGUUAAGAAUCCAUUGUUACCAUGAGCUGUGAUGUAGGUCACAGAUAUGACUCAGAUCCCACAGCAUUGCCAUGGCUAUGGUGUAGUCCAGCAGCUGCAGCUCCGAUUCAACCCCUAGCCUUGGAACUUCCAUAUGCUGAGGGUUUGGCCCUAAAAAGUAAGCAAACAAACAAACAAAAAAGCAUUUACGUUCGACUGGCUUCUCUGUGUAGGGACCAGCUGGGGGAGAUUAAGAUUUAAUAGCAGUGAUAUAUUGGAUCUGUUUCUGGAAUGAGCUACAAUGAUAGUGCCAGGUAUAUUUUUACAAAACAACUGUGAAGCAUGUCAGUUUUCAACUAGCCAGAAGAGUUAAGGGUUUUCCCCACAUCCCCAGAGUAGGACACAGCUGGCUAACAGAUGCACAAAAUAAAGCACAGAUGCUUGAUAACUGAGAUGUUGAGUGUAGUUUCCUGGGAAGCAUCUUGGUGGCACCACUCUUGCUGCUCUUGGUGUGUCUACUGCCUCUAUAAGGGCUUUGGUGCAAAACACGUACUUUUUGCCCACCACCCCCCCCCUUUGGGUAAAAUCGGAAAAUCUUUUUCACUUUCUUUCUGUUAGCAAGAAAGACAUACCUUGUUUUUUACUUCGUUUUUAUUACACUUUGAAACAGUGCACUUUUUACAAAUCGAAGGUUUGUGGCAACCCUGUGUCAAUCCAGCCUAUCAGCAGCAUUUUCCAAAAGCAUUAUUUUUAAAUUAAGAAUUUUUUUUAAACAUACUGAUGUUGUACACUUAAUGGACUACAGUAUGUGUAAACAUAACUUAGACACCGGGAAACAAAAAAUUUGUAUGAAUCUCUUUAUUGCAGUAUCUGCUUUCCCAUGGUAGUCUGGAACUAAACCCACGAUAUCUUGGAGGUAUGCCUGUACUAAUGUGGAUCUUUCCUAAAAGUGAAGUGGCAUAAAGCAAACUUCAGAAAGGAAGGGGAUACAUGUAGUGGAUAAAAACAUGUUCUCUUUAAGAAAUACCAUGAUUGAAUUUUCCUGCAUUAAUCUCCCUGGGGAUUCUAGGAUUUACUCAACUGAAUUUAGUGUCCAGGGUUAAUUUUUCAUACUUCACGAGUUUUUUCUUUACAUCUGGGAAGUGUCAGCUAUUUAUUUUGUGUAUUGUCUGUGUUCAUAUGUAGCAUAUACAUUAAAGGGAUUUUAAAGGUUUUUAAUGUUAAAAACCUUACAGUUAAAAAUUAAAAUAAUUGUAAAAUUCUUCAGGAACUCUCAGGUUGACUUAAACAAUAAAAAGGACCUGUUUCAAAACUACUCUCUAGUAUAACUGUAUACAUCAAAGAUCACUGAAAAUUAAUUUAGAUUAUUCAUUUAUUCAAAUAAUUGCUGUGUGGAGUUCCCUUCAUAGCUCAGUGGUUAAUGAACCUGACUAGGAUCCAUGAGGAUGCAGGACUGAUCCUGCCUCACUCAAUGGGUUAAGGAGCCUUGAGCUGUGGUGUAGGUCACAGACACAGUCCUAAAAAAAAUUAAUAAAUAAAAAAAGGCAAAAGAAAAAUUUGCUGUGUAUUUGGUGCCAGGCUAGGUGCCAGGCCCUUGGUAUGGAGGAGGGGGUUAAAUAGUCUCUCCUGUCCCCAUGAGUAAUACAAGUGCUAAUUUGAGAUUUUUUGUUUCUAGUCACCAUUUUUGUAGUAUCUUAAUUUUAUAUAUAUUCUAAAGCAAGCACUGUUCUAUAGUAUAUAGAAAAGUAUCCCUCUGAUUAAUGAGAUAGUUCUUACAGUUUUUGUGACUUUAAAAGUGGUAACUUUUUAGAAAUCAGAUAUUUAUGGAGCAUCUGCUCAUGUAAGUCUGGAGAUAAUCUUUUUAAAAUGUAGGCGCAUUCAGAAUAAAAGUUGUCUCCCAUGAAACUGCAAUGUAAUCUUCUGUUUUAUCUUCACUUUGAAUAAUAAACUAAGAAUAUUCUCCUUAAUAAUGAAUCUUUUUAUCACUUAGUAAAAAACUGAUUAAGUUUUAAAACUAGAAAAGUUAGGUUUGUAAUUAAGACUUGACUUAUGGGCACUUGAUAAAAGUCUGGAGCACAUUUGGGUAGUGUCACAUGGUUAGAGAAUUCAAAAUGUCUAGCUCCAUUAGACAGACAAGACACAUUAUAGGCAAACCAGUUUCUUUAUGUGGUACCACUAAUUUUGCCAUUGGUUUAUAGAGUUUUCCUAUAGAAAUAAAGAAUAUAAGCACAUUUUGUCUUUGAAAUCUUCAUGAUAGCUUUGAAUGUUGGUGAGAACCUCAAAAACCUUUAAGGGUUUAGAUUGCAAAACUUUUGACGUCUUGAUACUUUUAGAGGCAUUAGAAUAUGGUUGAUUUGAACCAAACUAAGGAUGAUAACUAUUCAGAACAAGAUUUUUUUCUUAAAGAUCAUUCAGCAGAGAAAGAUGUGUUCAUUUGAAGUUUUAAAAACACCCUCUUGGAGUUCCCGUUGUGGCGCAGUGCUUAAUGAAUCUGACUAGGAACCAUGAGGUUGCGGGUUCGAUCCCUGCCCUUGCUCAGUGAGUUAACAAUCCGGCAUUGCCUUGAGCUGUGGUGUAGGUCGCAGACGUGGCUCGGAUCCCGAGUUGCUGUGGCUCUGGCAGGGCUGGCAGCUACAGCUCCAAUUCGAUCUCUAGCCUGGGAACCUCCAUAUGCCUCGGAAGCAGCCCAAGAAACGGCAAAAAGACAAAAAAACAAAAAACAAAAAACCCACACCCUCUUGCAUGGGAAGAGGUAUUUCAGAAGUAACACAGAUUUCAGAAUUGGUAGGGAGCUUACUGUGCUGCUAUUUUUAUCUGUGUCUGAAUUACAUGUAGGUGCCAGAAUACAUCUCCAUAUGAUUUAAGCACAAAGGUUUGUGGCACAUUCUCUUGAUUUGAAGUAUCCAGAUAAGGCUUUGUAUUUUAAAAUUAAUUUAUCUGGGCAGCAGUCUACGUUCAUGAUCCCCACAAAAUUUAUUCUUCUAUAUUUAUUAUAACCAGUAGGUUUGCAUUUGUGUUUUCUCUGUAACUGUCUACUUACCAGAACGUUCGAUCUAGAAUAGUACCAGUUUACUGUGUCUUUUCAUAGUCAAUGAUGAGUGCAAAUCUAUUUGUAACACGUCAUUUUUUUUCCUUAAAAAUUUUUUUUGUGCGUUGUUACCUAUAACUAUAGGAGAAUAUAGUGUAAUUGCUGUUUACAGUGGUUAAGUGACAAGGAAAAAGAAAUUAAUGUUAUCAAACCUCUUUUCCAGCUGCUCCAAAAUUCUGGUUACAAUCAUAGUUUCUUGCUGGGGCAGUCUUUGUUUUUUCUCUGGGAUACUUUAAACAUUACUCAUCCGAGAGCAGUAGAUCUGGCUUUGAAUCCCAGCUCUGCUGCUGGGCAAGUCAAGUCUCAGUAGGCAUUUCCUCCUGUGUAAAGUGUGGCUAAUCAUACCUACCUCACAGGGUUGUUGUGAGGGUCCCAGAAGUACACAGAAGAAAGCACUUCUCACGUUGCAGGCACGAAGUAAGUGUUUGUUGCUUAAAUUAUAUAUGUGCAAAGGAAGAUGCAGAAGUUAUGGAGGGUGUAAAAAAAGUAAUUUGAGUUAGACGAAGUUGGAAUAGAUUAGGAAAGAUAAAGGGUUUAUUUAAGAGGAGAUUACUAGAUCAAGAAUUGGGAUGGGUUAUCAUAUAUGAUUAUCCUAUUUCAGUAGUGACUUUUAGGUUUAGAAGUGUCAUUGAUAAAAUUAUUGUAUUGUAAGCCACAUUUAAAUAAAUAACAUUAUAUUGAAAUGGAACUAUGACUUAUUUUUUUAAAGCUUUAUUUAUGUAAGUCCUCAUACUUUAUUUCCACUGUCACCUCUGAACCACAGCAUUACCAUAGGCAAUGAUUCACUCCUACCAUCCCAUGCACUGUCCUCAAAGUUCUCUUCUUUUUCCUUUUUGGUUGCUCGCUUAUUUGGUUUUUGAGUGGAUGAUAUAUUUAAAUCUUUCCCGAGGAAUACUAGCUGCUUUUUUGAGUUCUAGUUAGGCAAAUUCAUAUUUGGUGAAUGUAAGAUCUACUGAGUUAUACUGAGUUAUUCUGUGGAUAUAAUAGAAUAUUUUUUCCAUUACUCCUUUUUACUAAGUUUAUAAUAUCUUGAAAAAUAUAAAGGCCAAAAAUUAAUACAUCUUUGUGGUGUGAGUUAUUCAGACAUUUUUUUGGGGGAGGGUGUCUUUUAGGGCCACACCUAUGGCAUAUGGAGGUUCCCACACUAGGGUUCCAGUCGGAACUGUAGCCACCGGCCUAUGCCACAGCAAUAGCAACAGCAACGCAAGAUCUGAGCUGAGUCUGCAACCUAUCCAACAGCUCACGGCAAUGUUGGAUCCUUAACCCACAGAGUGAGGCCAGGGAUCGAACUCGUGUCCUCAUGGAUGCUAGUCGGGUUCUCUAACUGCUGAGCCACGACAGAAACUCCUAUUUGGGCUUUGGGCUUUUUUUUUUUUUUUUUUGGAAUGUCUUAAAUUGUUUAUUAGGUAAGAAUUUUACAAACAUUUCUUAUUAGUGGUAACGGUGGAGCUUGAGAGUAUUGUGCCUUCUCCAAGCUGCACGGCGGGAACCACCAAUAGUGUGGUGGAACUUGUGGCCCUUUCCAAGGCUGCGGCUCUUUCUGCCUGCAGAAGUCAGCCCUCACAUCUCCCUAUGCUUGUGGACUGGUUUGGUGACCCACUGGGUGUCAGGAUUUCUUCUGAUAUUUGGGCAUUUUUAAUAGGCAUUUUAAGUUAGAUCAAAAUCACAUACUCCAUUUUUAGAGAUAUUUAUAUAAUUAGCAUUGUAUCAUAAAUCCUUAGUUAUUCUACUUUUCUUUAGUCUUUGAUUUUUCUCCUUUUAUUAUUGCCUUUUCUAAAAACGUGUACUAAAAGGAAAAUUAUUCUUUAAGCACAAUUAAGUUUGAGAAGGCUUCACUCUGCCACACUACUUUGAUUUUGUGUUGAGUGUGAUGGCUGAAGAUGAGAAUUAAAGACCAGUAACUGAGAACUUUGAGGUCCCAUACACCCCAGUGUCAACACUGGUCCCACAGAGCACAGGCAGUAUUGCUGCAGGUACCUGUCUAAGCAGCAUUUUUUCUCUGGGAAACAUUGAUGGCACAACUCAGUGUGGUUGACUGGCAAAGAAAUGUAUACACUGUGGUCAUAUGUACACAGGAAUGUGUUUAGAAUACAACUGUGAGACUGAAGCCCACUACCAGUGUGUAUCUUUUCAGAAGCGUUCUCACUAGUUAAAUGGGUUUACGUUGAUAUGUCCACAUCUUGUCCUGUCACCAGAAAGAUGAUAGAUAAUGAAUAUAAACAUAGGCUGACUUCUUAACAAUCACUGACCUAUAUAUAUGUAUGUGGAUUAUCACUUGCAACCUUGGCUUUAUUGGUAGCACCGUUCCCUAAUCAACCAACCUGAAGACCACAUGCAGCAUUAAGAUGCAGUUUUUCCAUCAGUCAUGCAUGGCAACAAGUAUAUUCUAUGUAUCAUGUGGAAAUGAGAUUUGGAGAGAACUGUAAUUGUCUGGAUUCACACAUUCUACUGUGUGCUAUAUGGGAGGCUGAGAUCUUGAUGCGCCACUGUUGGGGAAUGGAGGGGGUGGAAAGGUAAGGAAAGAAUUGGGUGGGAUUAAUGUGGAAGUUGUUUUAUUGAGAAUUUACUGCCUUUUACAAAGGUAAUAAACAUUCAUAAAAAGUUCGAAAACUUAGAAGUAAAAAUCAGUGUCUUCCCCUCCGUUUCCAAUCUCAUAUUCAGAGGUCAUCACUAUCCCAUUAAAAGUUUGAUGUGAAUGUUUCCACAACUCUUAUGCAUAUACAAAAAGAUACUAAAAAAAAAAA